AUGAGUCGUCGUUCUCCCAGCAUAUACUCCUUCUCCGACGAAGAGAAGAUGGGCUUGCUCGACAACAGAUCCGUCUCGGACGCUGACAGCGACAGCGGUAGAGAUGAACAGGAUCAUCGACCUCACUACGACAAAUGGGCCGGUCCCAUUCUCGCUCCUCUCGACUACAUUCGUUCAACUCCUUGGAGGGUUUGUCUCAUUCGCUUCGCCUGGUUCUUCGUUCCCAGCUAUCUUCAGGGACGACAUGCCCGGGAUCAGAUUCGACCAGCCAAGCUCUCUCCUACUGCCUACCUCGACGGCAUGCGAGGCGUAGCCGCCUUGGUUGUCUUGUUCUGUCAUUACUUUUACCAGGCCUUCGUCAUUGCUAAAGGCUGGGGCUGCGAUGAUGCUCACUACAACAUCCUGAAGCUACCAAUCCUCCGACUCUGGUAUCAGGGGCCUCCGGCUGUCUGUCUCUUCUUUGUCAUCUCCGGAUACGCCCUCUCCUAUCGACCUCUCAAGCUUAUCCGGAGCCACAACAUCCAGGAUUUUUCGACCACCAUGAGUUCUCUCGUCUUUCGUCGGGGUGUUCGUCUCUAUCUGCCAACUGCCAUCUCAACCCUGAUGAUAGUUUGCUUCAUUCGCACUGGCCUUUACGAGAAGACUCGAGAUUUUGCCAUGGACACCACUUAUAUGAGAAACGUCAGAGAACCUCACCCAUCGCGGCUUGCAACAAACUAUGCCCAAUUCGCCGACUGGGCCAAGGACAUGUUCAAGUUUGUUCAUGUUUUCAGCUGGAAGACUCACGGUGGAAGUACCAACUAUGACCAGCACUUGUGGACCAUCCCCGUCGAGUUCCGAUGCUCUUUGUACCUGUUCCUCACUCUGCUGGGCACUGCUCGCCUUCGCACCCAGUACCGAUUGAUCACUGUCUUCAGUAUCAUGAUGUUCACCUACCGAAACUCGCGUUGGGAACUCCUCAUGUUCCUCUGUGGCAUGGUGCUCGCCGAGAUUGAUCUCAUCCGCGGCGCUCACGUCUCACCUCCUGCUCUGCCAAUGGAAGAAAAGACCUCGCCCGCUCGUCCUCAAUGGUACCAGCGGAUCUUCUGGGCACUUGUCAGCAUCGUAGGUCUUUACCUUAUGAGUCAACCCGACCAAGGCGGCGAGAGAACACCUGGAUGGAUUUACCUCACGUCGUUGAUUCCUAAGUGGUGGGACGCCGAGAAGUACCGCUACUGGCAAUGCGCUGGUGCCGUUGUGUUUAUUCUCGCAGUGAGUCGUUCAGCCAGCUGGCAACGCGUGUUCAACUCGGCUUGCGUCCAAUACCUUGGGAAAAUCUCCUACGCCCUCUACCUGAUGCAUGGACCCAUCAUCCAUGCAUUCGGAUACCAUUUCGAGAAAUGGGCCUAUGGAGUAACUGGCAUCGAAGGACACCGUUUCACCGCAGGGUUUAUCUUGAGCUCAUUCUUGGUGAUCCCGACUGUCUUCUGGUGGGCUGAUAUCUUUUGGCGAGCAGUCGACAUUCCCACGGUCAAGUUCGCCAAGUGGUGGGAGAACAAGCUUAUUAGCAAGGCGGAUUAG